AUGCGUGAGGCGCAGGCCCGCCUCCGCUCGGCGCAUGGCGCCGCGGUGGCCCAGCUGGAGGCUGAGCUGCUCCGCUCCCGCCGCGAGAACGCGAGGCUCCGGGAGCUGCUCGCGGAGGCGGGCGCGCAGGAGGCGCUCGGCGGCCACCAGUGCGCCGGCCCCGCGGCACCCCCCGCAGCCGCUGGCUCGGAGCCCGCGGGGCCCCCGUCGCCCGCCGCGGCGGUGCCCACCGCGCCCCCCUCGCCGCUGCAGUCGCACCAGGCGCCCUGGAGGCGGCAGGCAGGCGCCCCCGACGCGCCCGCGGCGGAGCUCGGGCCGUGCCAGCCGGCGCUGCCGAGGGCGAGCACGGCCGCCGACGGCUGCGCCGGCCAGGACGCGGGCCAGCAGCCGGCCAUGCCCACCCGGGAGGCGCCUGGGCCCGAGGACCUCUGCGCCGAGCUCGACCGCGCUCUCUGGACGCUCCUGUGCCAGCAUGGCCUGCACCAGAUCCGGCCAGACAGGCAAGGGAGCGGGGCGAGCGCCGUGUGGACCGUCGCUGGCGUCCCAGUGCAGCUCAGCUUCGACGGCCCCGCCAACACCGCGGGUGGCGCCGGAGUGGCGGCGCGCCGCAGGCUGCUGGCCUCAGUGGACGGUGGCCGCACGUGGGAGGCCCUGGACGCUCUCAUUUCCCAGCGCCUCGAGGCUUCGCAGCACGAGCCCCCGCCCCUUCGGCCCAGCGGAGACGGCGGCUCUCCAUCUGCAGCGACGGCGCGCCAGAUGCACACCACAAGCCUCGCGGAGCUGGCCGUGAGGCCCAUUCAGAGGCCCUCGCCGCAGUGCCACGACGCGGCGCCCCGCGACGGACUUCCGGCCUGGAGGUCCGACGGGCUCCCAGCCUUCCACAAUGCCUUCCCCACUCCUUCGACGCACUGUCUGGGCCGUCCAACUACUACUCGCAGUUCCGCGUGCGCGUGCCCACGAGCUCGCAGUACGGCGGCCCGGAGCUCCAGCAGGGCGGCGCGGGCGGCCAGGCGUGAGGGCUCUGGGACGGAAUUGGCUGGGCGCGCCGGCAGUGUCGUGCGCCCUCGCCCGCUGUCUUGUGCUCAUGCACGCAAGGCUAAUGCUCGGGAGGCGCCGCGGCGGAGCGAGGGCUGGCCUGGCCACGCGGCCACA